ACUUCUGUAACCUGUUUGAUAGAACAAAUCCCUGCACUGGAUUUUAGGGUUUCUUUUUAGCUAUUCCCCUAAUUUCCCAAUUGAAGGUAUUUUCGCGAUUGUUCCGAACAUCCUGUGCAUAGUAUAUCAGGAAAAUGCCUCAAAGGCACUCGAAGAACAAUAAUGAUUUAGCAUUCUUCACGUACGAUGAGAAGCGGAAGCUGGGCUACGGCACGCAGAAGGAGAGAUUGGGCAAAGAUUCUAUUAAACCCUUCGAUGCGUGUUGUCUCUGCUUGAAGCCUUUUAUCGAACCCAUGUCCUGCCUCAAGGGCCAUGUUUUCUGUAAAGAAUGCAUCCUUGAGUGUCUCUUAGCGCAAAAGAAAGAUAUUCAGAGAAAGCUAUCAGCCCAUGCUGCUCAACAGAAGCAAGAAAAAGAAGAAGAAGAGGAGAGACUAAUGCUGCAAAAAGCUAGAGAGCUUGAUGCAUUUGAUCAGCAGAACCAUGGGGCAGUACCACAGUACAACGAUAAGAACUAUAACAGAGACAAGAAUGGUUUCCACGGGGCAAAUAGUGUAAAGACCACCUCAUAUGAAGAGGAAGCACUCCGGACCAUGAAGGCAUUUUGGCUGCCUUCUGCGACACCCGAAGCUCCUAAAAAGGUAGAGGCCCCCUCAACAGACACAAUUUGUCCAGAAGGGAAGGAAAAACUAAGACUAAAGACUCUUUUUCCCAUCUAUUUUACGGAAGACACUAGUGAACAGAAGAGAUCGAGUUUGCUUGAUAAGACAUAUAUCUGUCCUAGCUGCAAGGUCACACUGACAAACACGCUCUCACUUGUGGCCUUGAGUUCCUGUGGGCACGUCUUCUGCAAGAAGUGUGCUGAUAAAUUCAUGGCGGUUGAUAAGGUUUGUUUAGUAUGUGAUAAGCAAUGCAAAGAGAGGAAUCUUGUCAGUUUGGCAAAGGGAGGCACUGGUUUUGCAGGACAUGGAGAUCAUCUUGAAGCAACAGAUUUCAAACAUUUAGGAAGUGGUUCAGGGCUCGGGCUUGUAAGACCUGCAGCAAAGACUUGAUCCUGAGAUGCUAUUACAUCCUGUUGGAUUUGCAACUGUAUUCAUGUUCUUUUCUGCGUGGUUCGGAUCGAGAUUUCCUCUCGUUGUUUUAUCUUGUUUGGAUGUAUCCACAAAAAUAAAAUAAAUAAAUAUAUGUUAGUUGUACUGUA